AUGGCCGCAGCCAUGUAUCCAGAACCAGAACGGAGGAGAAACCGGGGGUUCCUGGGCUCUGAUAGCUCGGCCUUGUCUCCUCAAGAUCUCCAGGACCGCAGUCAGCUUCGAUAUGAGUUGGAUCUGAACUCGUGGAACCUCCGUAUCUGGGGUGUUGCUGCCUCAGGCUUCCUCACCGACUCGUAUGUCUCCAUCCUACUACCAAUCUCUUGUUCGCCGUACGGCAAGUUUGUUUGUCGUCGCUUUUUGGCUCUUUCUUACCUGGGUUGUCUUGCUACCUCUAGAUACAAUCUCUUCUCUACAAACGUCAUUCUCGCGUCCAUCUCCUUCGUGUACUUCCCUGACUCGAACUACAACUAUGUCGGCACUCUCAUCAACGUCUUCACUCUCCUCGGCUCUGUUGUCGGCCAGCUUAGCUUUGGCUUUCUCGCGGACUACUACGGCCGAACUCGCCUCUAUGGCAUCGAGCUCAUUCUCGUAAUUGUCUCCACCAUCGGCGUCGCGACCAGCAAUUAUGGAUACCAUGAUCUUUCUUUUCUCGGCCUAUUUGUUUGGUGGCGCUUUGUUAUGGGCAUUGGGAUCGGAGCCGAGUAUCCAUUGAGUGCCGUAAUAACGUCCGAAUGGGCUAGUACCUCGUCUCGAGCAACGAUGAUCUCCUCUGUCUUUCUGAUGCAACCCGUUGGACAAGCACUGGCACAACUCGUUGGCGUUUGGGUCGUUCUCGGCCGUGAGAACAUGUACCAUUUACAGGAGAUGCAGUGCGGCAUCAACGACAAGUAUGCCGAGGAAUGUCGACGAGCUGUGGAUGGUAUAUGGCGUAUUGUCAUUGGCUCCGGCGCCGUGCCGGCUCUGCUGGCUAUCAUAUUUCGCUUUUUCUUGUACGACUGUGGUCUGUACACCUUGGAAGUGAAGAACAAGCCUGGCACCGCUUUCCGUGAUACACAGCGCAUAUAUGGCGCCCCUUUAAGCAUUGCGGGCGGCGGAGGCGGAGGAGGGGGUGAUAGUAUCAACGGCGGCGCCGUGUCGCUUUACUCUCCAGGAGGUGCCCACUCUGACGAGCCGAUGCCGGUACAGUUCUCGAUCCAAGACCUGAAAAAUUACUUCAUCCGGGAUCAAAACUGGUAUUACCUCCUUGGGACUGCCUCGACAUGGUUCUUUCUCGAUGUGAGCUUCUAUGGCUUCUCACUCGAUAACCGCGGUGUCUUGGCCGAUCUCUGGGUAACCGGGAAUCCUCCAGAGCUCAACUCGUCCCUCAAGUGUUGGAACUCGAGCCUUGAUGGGGGCAAUUCUACGUUGCCGACAUGGAGUGGCCAAGGUCAUAUGCCCCUUUGGCAAACCGACCCAUCUCGACCAUGCGACACAAUAUACGACAUCCUGCUCCAGCAAGCGAAACAAUACCUCUUGACGGUUUCAUUAGCGUCAAUAGCAGGAAGUGCUUGCUUCAUUUUUGCAGCAAACCGGAUACGGCGACGUCAGUGGUUGACGACAUCCUUCAUCUGCCUCUUCUUCCUUUUUAUGAUUACGGGAGGCGUAUACUACGGCAUCGCGCACACAAAAUAUGCUCCGGCCACAGUCACCAUGGUUGCCAUUUGCCAUUUUGUCUUCAAUUUUGGCGCAAAUACCCUCACAUUUAUUAUCCCAGCAGAGGUUUUCCCAACAUGUUACCGCUGCACAUGCCAUGGCAUCUCGGCCGCGGCAGGGAAAUUGGGAUCCAUUGUCGCCGUACUCAUUGUAUACGGCGUCAGUUCGGGCUACCACUCGACAACGAGGCAGGGUCUUCUUUUUCUCCUCUUCGGCACGUUCAUGGCCUGUGGAGCCCUCUACAGCUGGGCAUACUUGCCCGACGUCCAGCGUAUUGUUGGCAACCGACGCUCAGGACGUGGCGGUGUGCCCGGCAGGUCCGGGCCCAUUGGCAUUGGGGGUAUUGACCUCGGCCCGCCCAGAGACAUUGGCGCCAAUAGAAACGGCCGCAGUGUGCAUGGCUAUGGUCGGCGAUACGGCGGGGCCAGAGACGGCACUACCCUGCAAACGAAGAACCUCGAGGAUCUUGGUGAGGGUCGUGCCAAAGCAAGGCAUGAAGGCGAAGUUAUCACCAUUCGAGAUAAAUGGAACGAUCUCAAGAGACGGCGUGGGAGGAGGCGUCUAGGAUCGUCUUCUGCUGCCGCGUGA